GAGACGCCAUAAAAUAUCUAGUGUUCUACUAAUUCUCUUUGACAUAUUAUUUUUACGCCAACAGUAUUUAGUACCCAAAUCUAGAAAGAAUCAAAUUAUAAUUGUCAUUGAAUUUGCAACUAUUAUUUCAAAUCUCAGAAUUCUGAAGAAACAUUUCAACUUCUGUAAUUUCUACGAAAUUUAGAGGGGUUGGUAGCCAGGUCGAAAAUCAUGUCGAUGUUUAAGGUCCCAGAUCACCAGGUUGCUGGACACCAGGCUCUUAAUGGGCAGCUUGGACCGCUUGUAGAUAAAUCAGGGCAUUUUUUCAAGCCCCUUCAAAAGAAUGAACGAGGCUUAAGAGAGGCUGAAUUCUACGAGACUUUCUCAUCUGAUGUCAGAGUCCCAGAUCACAUAAGCAAAUAUUUUCCCAAAUACUUCGGCACCCAGAUUUUAGAAGCUUCUGAUGGAUCAGGACCCUGCUCCCACCUUGUUAUGGAAGAUCUAAUUUCAAACUACAAAAACCCGUCAAUCAUUGAUGUUAAGAUUGGCUCCCGAACCUGGUAUCCACAAGCAACGGAGGACUAUAUUCAGAAAUGUCUCAAGAAAGAUCAAGAAACCUCUAGCCUUCCUUUGGGUUUCAGGAUAUCGGGGUUACACUUUUACCAAGGUCCGGAAUCAGAGUACUGGAAGCCUGAUCGAACACUGACCAUUAAGUAUACAGCAGACGAUGUCAAGUUGGUUUUAAAGAAGUUUGUUUCAUCAAAUCAAUCAUCAGAACUUAAGGAAGACCUGGAUUGUACAUAUGCUGCAAGUGUCUUUGGUGAUUCAUCAGGCAUUUUGGCACAGUUGCUCGAGCUUAAGUCAUGGUUUGAGGAGCAAACUUUGUACCAUUUUUAUUCUUGCUCAGUUUUAAUGGUUUAUGACAAGGACUCACUGGUGAAAGAUGGAAAGUUUGGUCCUGCAAUUAAGCUUGUUGAUUUUGCUCAUGUUGUCGAAGGCGAUGGUGUUAUCGAUCAUAACUUCUUAGGUGGACUCUGCUCAUUGAUCAAAUUCAUCUCUAGCAUGCUGACAAUUCCAAAUGGAGGUACCAACAAAGACGGCUUGCAGAAUCGAGCGUAGGAUUCGAUUCAUAUCAUCACUCAAUGGUGGGUAAUGGAAUAGAUGAAGCAACAUUUCCAAACAAAAGAACUCGGGACUCAUCUCCUUCUCCCAUAUAUAUAUAUCUUUCUAUUUACAGCUUACAUAAACAUUGCUUAAGGUUUGCAUUAUUUCCCCUUCCCCAAAUCUCAUAUUGAAUAUAAUAUGAGAAACUUAAUAGAUUCCGAAACUUUUGGAUUUUUUUCUUCAUUUAUAUGCUCAAAUUCUUUAGUUUUCUUAA